AUGACUGAGACGACCUGGAAAGAAAAAGCCGCCGCAAAGAGGGAAGCACUCCUCUCCUUGAUCCCACCCGAAUGGCGCCUUCCAACUCCUCUCCCUCCACCAGCAGAGUUACCGAACGUAACCGGGGAGGAGAUUCGGCGACAUCUGUCCACGCAGGAGAUUUUGAUCACAGAAAGUAGUGCUGUUGGUAUUGUUGGCAAGACCUCAAGCGGAGAAUGGAAGUGCGAGGAUGUUGUCAGGGCAUUUUGUCAUCGCGCUGCGGUGGCUCAUCAGAUGAUAAACUGCCUCCACGAAAUCUUCUUCGACGCCGCGAUUAAACACGCCAAAAUCCUAGACGCCCACUUUGCCAAACACGGCAGACUCCUCGGCCCGCUGCACGGCCUCCCCGUCAGCCUUAAGGACACGAUCCACGUCGCAGGUGUCGACACAAGCAUGGGAAUAGUCGGCUGGCUAGGCACAUUCGAAGGCGCACCCCUCGCAGAGACAACAUCUCGGCCAGAGAGCACAAUCGUAACCCACCUCCGCGCCCUCGGCACAAUCCCCUACGUGAAAACCAGCGUGCCGCAGGGCUCCUUUGCCGGCGAGACAAUCAACCACAUAAUCGGGCACACACCGAACCCCGCGAACCGCAACCUCGUCGUGGGCGGGAGUUCCGGGGGGGAAGGGGGACUUCUUGCGCUCUAUGGUUCGCCCAUCGGGCUGGGCACGGAUAUCGGGGGGAGUAUCCGCGUCCCUGCGUCAUUUAACGGCUGCUACGGACUCAAGCCGUCGACGGGACGACUGCCCUUUCAGGGCAUUGCGUCGAUUGUGGAUGGCCAGGCGGCAAUUCCGUUUGUUGUUGGGCCGAUGGGGCAUUCUGUGGGGGAUUUGGUCUUUCUUACCAAGGCGUUGCUGGCUGUUGAGCCGUGGAGGAGUGAUCCCGGUGUGCAUGAGUUGCCCUGGAGAGACGAGGUAUUUGAGAGUGUGCGAGGGAGGUUCCGGGGGAAGGGGGAGAGGCUUGCGUUUGGGGUUAUGCGGUCCGAUGGUGUUGUUAAUCCCCAGCCGCCUGUUGCGAGGGCGUUGAGGGAGGUCGUGCAGCUCCUAAAGUCACUCGGGCAUACGGUUAUCGAAUGGAACCCACCUCCCCACGCAGAAGCCCUAACCAUAUGGCGCGAAAACAUUCUAAUAGACGGCGGCCACGCCUUCCACUCGGCCCUCACUCUCUCCGGCGAACCCGCCACACCAACCGUCUUUGGAUCCAAGCCAAGCGACCCGGUCGACGGAACCGAAGUUAUGAGACGAACGAUCGCCCUGCGCGACUACCGCAAGGCGUACCUCGACUAUUGGAAUAGUACUGCUGCACUAACCGGGACGGGCAAGCCGGUUGAUGCGCUGAUUGCGCCGGUGCAUCAUGGGCCGCCGCCUGCUAUGGGGCGGGUGCGGUAUAUGGGGUAUACCUGUGCCUUCAACGUCCUCGACUACUCCGUCUCCGUGAUACCGGUGACGUGGGCGAGGAAGGAUGUUGAUGUAUAUCCCUCCGAUUAUUUGCCUUUGAAUAGGAUGGAUAGCGUCGUGCAAAACGACUACGACGCCGAACUCCUAGAUGGUGCCCCGGUGGGUCUCCAGAUCGUAGGACAGAGACUACAGGAGGAGACCGUGCUUGGCCUAAGUGAGGAAAUCAGUCGAGAGCUUGCGAGAGUCCAGGUGGCGCGUCUAUAAGAGACCAAGUGUGCAGAGUUCGAUUGUACUAUGAUCGUAAAGAAUGGC